AUGGCUGCUCAGAAAAAGCUUAUCCUCAACGCCUUCGUAGAAUCGUGCAGUGGGCACCAAUCCCCAGGGCUAUGGCAGCAUCCCCGUGAUCAAUCUUGGCGAUUCAACGAAGUUUCUCACUGGGUAAAUCUGGCCAAAAAACUCGAAGAAGGAAAAUUUCACGGUGUUUUCAUUGCCGACGUGCUGGGUGCCUACGAUGUCUACAAAGGUCCUCGAAACCCCGAUCCUGCCAUUGGUUCGGGAGCGCAGUGGCCUGUAAAUGAGCCUCUAGCUGUUAUCUCCGCCAUGGCAGCGGCAACAAAGAACCUCGGCUUUGGCGUCACUGUUGCGACCACGUAUGAACAACCAUACCAUCUUGCGAGGCGCCUAAGCACCAUCGACCACUUGACAGGCGGAAGACUCGGUUGGAAUGUUGUGACAGGUUACUUGGACUCAGCGGCCAGAAAUCUCGGCUUUCAGGAGCAGCCGAAGCACGACGAGCGCUAUGCGGUAGCUGAAGAGUACAUCGACGUGACUUACAAGCUCUGGCAAAACUCCUGGAGAGAUGAUGCUGUCAAAUUAGACCGCAUAACAGGGGUCUAUACGGAUCCGGCUCUGGUCCGCACCAUCGAUCACGUCGGCAAAUACUACACAGUGCCCGGCCCGCACAUUUGCCAGCCAUCUCCGCAGCGCACUCCUGUUAUUAUGCAGGCUGGCACUUCAAGUGCCGGAAAAGCCUUUGCGGCAAAGAACGCGGAGGCUAUUUUUGUUGCCGGUCACAGCCCGUCGACUGUCGCCAAGAACGUCGCAGAAAUUCGCGCCAAAGCAAGAGAUGAGUUUGGACGGGACCCUAACGGCAUCAAAUUCUUGGCCCUGUUCUGCCCCAUUAUUGGAAAAACUCAAGAGGAAGCAGAGGCAAAGUACAAGGACUUCAUUCAGUAUGGCUCUGAAGACGGCGCACUGGCCCUCUUCGGAGGAUGGACUGGUAUCGACCUGUCCACUUACGGCGACGACGAGGAACUGAGACACGUGGAAUCAAACGCCAUCCGAUCGGCUGUGGAAGCUUGGUCAAAGUCAACACCAGGGGUGCCCAAAUGGACAAAACAUACUGUCGCCAACCAUAUAAAGAUUGGGGGCUUGGGGGCCACCACCGUGGGCACACCGGACAAAAUUGCGGAUGAAAUGGAGAGGUGGGUUCGCGAGGCAGACGUAGAUGGCUUCAACCUGGCGUAUGCGCUCUUCCCGGAAUCAUUUGAAGAUGUUGUUAGUCUGCUGUUGCCUGUCUUAAGAAAGCGAGGGUUAUUCUGGGAUGACUACAGUGUGGAUGGUGGAACAUACCGAGAGAAUCUCUUCGGCAGCAAUGGCGGAGCGUUUCCUCCUGCUGAUCACCCAGCUGCAAAGUACCACUGGAAAGCUACUGAUUGA